AUGGAGAAGGCAGGGCUUGCAGAAAGUAUGCUUGACUCCGUUGAGACUGGCAGUGCCAACCCAUCCGGGAAGCAUCGUUGGGUGGACGAUGAUGACCCGGACACUGAUUGGGAUACGGACUCUGAUGGUGUCUCAAUAAAAUCCACAAAGUCCUUCGAAGCCCAGAAUAUACAAUAUGUGCGGGAGAAUGGCCGACGAUACUGUGACGGCACAUACUUCAUGCCCAAUGACGAGCCCGAACAAAUCCGUCUGAAUAUUACUCACCAGAUGUGCAUGAUCUUGUCCGACGGAAACCUCAUCAAUGUGCCUCUUGCCAAACAAACGGCGCGUAUUUUAGACAUCGGGACAGGUCCAGGUGACUGGGCUAUUGAAAUGAGCGCUGCAUACCCCGGUGCUACUAUCAUCGCAACUGACAUUGGCGUCUUUGAUAGCGGCCUCGGCAGUACCAUUGACCUUCCCAAUGUGAGUUUCCAGCUCGAUGACGCUAGGCACGAAUGGACAUACCACCAGCCUUUCGACCUGGUCCAUCUCCGUGGCCUCGCAGGCGCCUUUUCAGACUGGUCGGUCGUGUAUAGGCAGGCCUUCCGCCAUCUAGUCCCUGGCGGAUACAUCGAGAUCAGUGACGCAGACCCAGCAGCCCACACUGUCUCAUUCCCUGGCUCAGGAGACUCUUACCUGAGCAUCUUCACGUCUGCUAUGCGCUCCGCCGCCGAAGCCACAGGCCACCCGCGCGAUCUUUGCCAUCUCCUGCCUAGCGUCCUCAACGCGGCCGGGUUCGUCGACGUCCGUGUCCUGGAACGCACAAUUCCAGUCGGAACAUGGCCAGACGACCCACGCGAGAAGACCAUAGGGAAGAUGGCGCUUCUUGCGCUCCUCGAGGGCCUGGAGGCUUAUAGUCUGCGCCAGCUCACCGCGUCAGGAAACUGGACGAAGGAGGGAGUUCGUGAUCUUUGUGAGAAAGUGAAAGUAGAGCUUCUGGCCGUAGAGAGGUUGACAACCCGCGUGAAGACGGUGACGGCGCGCAAGCCGUUUUCGAGGCCACAUCUACGCAAGAACGAAAUGUUUCAGAGGUUGAAGCAGAUCGAGGAUGAAAUGAACCUAGAUUCCAAUCUCGACCUGAUAUAA